GAGUGUUAUGCAACACCGCCAUUUGUAUCAUCAUUAGUGGCAGGCAGCACCUAUGCCAUUUUAUACAGAAGAAGAUUACUUUUUCCCUGAACGCUAAACUCUUCUUCUAAAACUUUCUUUACCACCGCCAAAAUUUUCAGCAGCAGCAUAUAACAGAUUGAUCACAGGAAUUCUUGUCGAACUGCAGCUUCUAAUCUCUGUAUCCAUCAGUUUCUCCUCCAUAUUUUCUAGGGAUUUUCUUAAAAACGCGUAAGAAAAAGGUAAUUAGGGUUUUGCAGUGAUUGAUGGAGUAUUUCAACAUUCUCCCAGUGGAGAUCUCAUUACACAUAUUCAGUCUUUUACCUAUCGAAUCAGCUUCAGAUUUUGCAUUGGUGAGCAAAACAUGGAAGAAUCUCAUUCAUAGUCCAUCAUUUUACAAAAUGCAUUCACUUCGUCUUCUUCGUCUAGCCAGAGAAGCCGAAGCUGAGUUCAGUCAGAAGCUGAAGGAAUUGAAAGACUGUUGUGAAUCUGUUAGGCAAUUUACUCAGACUUGUCAGUCCGUGGAGCUAUUACAACAAAUUUAUGAAAACCAUCGCGAAAACCGGGAAGAGAAGACUAACUCCAUGAGAUUAUCUCAACAAAAACUGGCACACUACACAAGAUUAGCUGGUAAAUGUGUUUUGAUAUUCGCAAAAUGCAGAGGUGCAAAGCGGACUAAGUCCAUACGAUUAGCCAAAAAAAGUAUUAAGAUGUCUGCAAAAUUCAGCGCGAUGGCAGCACGGGAUUUUAAGCCUACAAAGACAUUGUCCGGACAUGAAUCAAAAAUCUCAUCACUGGAUAUUUUGUAGGAGGCAGACUCGAUGUGAUAAUUCUGGGAUUUUGUUCAUACAAUUAGUAGGAGGCAUGCAAAAUUUGAGUUGCGGGAGGGUUCAGCCAGGGGAAGCUUGGCAGUAGCUCCACCCCUGGUUAAUGCCUUGAAGUUAUGCUUCCGUGGUAUGCAAAGUGUAUAUGGACAGUAUAUUGCAACUAAUUCACACGAUCAGAGUAUCAAGCUGUGGGCAAGUCGGAACAGUGGAAAGGAUAAGGCAAUGGAUUAGUUUCUAAUCUAAUGUAGGGGUUAAUGCACACAUUUCAGUUUUGUCUUUUUCUGUUGUACCCGUAAGUAAUAUUUUUAUUUUGAACUUACAAAUUGAAUAUCUAACUUUUAACGUAUUGUAGAACCAUUAAAGAUUUCAUAAUCAGACUUUCUUUGAACCA